AUGGCCGCCUCCACCAUGUCUGUCUGCUCUGAUGCUCUCACCAACUCCUCCUGGCAGGUGGAUGACUGCCCGGAGAGCUGCUGUGAGCCCUGCUGCUGCCAGUCCAGCUGCUGCCAGCCCAGCUGCUGCCAGUCUAGCUGCUGUGUCCCCAGCUGCUGUCAGUCUAGCUGCUGUGUCCCCAGCUGCUCUCAGUCUAGCUGCUGUGUCCCCAGCUGCUGUGCCCCAGCCCCCUGCCUGACCCUUGUGUGCAGUCCCUGCUGCCAAUCUGGCUGCAGCAGCUGCUGCACACCCUCAUGCUGCCAGCAGUCUAGCUGCCAGCCAGCUUGUUGCACCUGCUUCCCCUGCCAGCCAUCCUGCUGUGUGACUCUUUGCUGCAAGCCUGUCUGCUGCACACCCAUCUGCUCUGGCUGCUCCUCCUGCUGCCAGCAGUCUAGCUGCCAGCCCUCAUGCUGCCAGCCCUCAUGCUGCCAGUCCUCAUGCUGCCAGCCAUCCUGCUGUGUGCCUGUCUGCUGCAAGCCUGUCUGCUGCACACCCAUUUGCUCUGGCUCAUGCUGCCAGCAGUCUAGCUACCAGCCCUCAUGCUGCCAGCCAUCCUGCUGUGUGCCUGUCUGCUGCAAGCCUGUCUGCUGCACACCCAUCUGCUCUGGUUCCUCCUCAUACUGCCAGCAGUCUAGCUGCCAGCCCUCAUGCUGCCAGCCAUCCUGCUGUGUGCCUGUUUGCUACAAACCUGUCUGCUGCAAGCCCUGCUCCAGCAUGUCCCUGCUCUGCCGCCCCGUGUGCAGACCCGCCUGCUGCCUGCCCACCUCCUCCUGCUGUGCCUCCUCCUGCCAGCCCAGCUGCUGCCGCCCAGCAUCCUGUGUGUCCCUGCUCUGCCGCCCUGCCUGCUCCCGCCAGGCCUGCUGUGGCCUCUCCUCGGGCCAGAAGUGCAGCUGUUGA